AUGCUCGGUGUUGCAGCCAAGGACAAGGAUGAGCCGGUGGAUGCCCAGAUGGUCUGGGCUGGACUGGGGCCAGCGCGCCGGGCAGGGGUCUGCGUCCAGUUCCCACACGUCGUGCUGCAGGAAGAUCAGAGACUCGUUGAGGCCAAGUCGUCAUCGCCUGUCUGCCAGCUCAGCAUCACGUUGGUGUUGGGUGAGCGAGGCCGAAGCCAGAGCCAGAGCCACGGGUGUGAGCCUGAACCAAAUUCAAAGCCAUGGGCUAGAUUCAGCCACGAACCACCCGUGUAUGGACAGAGGCGCUUCAGGGCUGGUGCUACUGCCUGGGAGGAGUAG